GGAAAUUUCAAUUUUGUUCAUAUCCAAAUAGACGCUGACUAAACAUGUUGAAGAAAGUACCUCAAGAGAACACAGAGAAACCUUCUCCUUGCCGACCAUGGAAGCUACUACUGUCUUCACUUCACUAUACGUUUCCAAUUUACCAAAACCAAAGGCUAUCUUCAACCUGACUCCACCUGAUCUAUCUUCGUCUUCUUGUUGGCUCUGUAAUUCACAAUCCAAGCGAAUCACGAAACUGAGACUUAAUGAAUCGAAUCAUGGAGUUCUUCGUCUUCAUGCUCUGUUUCACAACGAGGAGGCUCCAGGUCAAAGCGAUGAUAACUUAGCAGGAAACAAUGGGUUUGGUCUUUUACCAGCGGAUAUGUUCUCUUUGUCUCAGGUUGGAAGUAGUCUAAGUGGUGAAAAUGAGAGUCAUAAGAUAAUCGAUGUGGAGACAUCUCUUGCAUUUCCUCCUCAUGGUGGAGGAACUCGAGCAGCGCUGUUUCGGACCCCGAUUUCUGGUGGUGUUCAGAACGCAACCUCUGCUCAUGGUUUACCUCCACCUGCUCUAGCUGUUAGGAACUUGAUGGAGCAGGCCAGGUUUGCUCAUCUGUGCACAGUGAUGUCUAAAAUGCACCAUCGCAGAGAAGGCUGCCCCUUCGGAUCUUUGGUAGAUUUUGCACCUGAUCCUGUGGGACACCCUAUCUUUUCAUUUUCACCCUUGGCUAUUCACACUCGGAAUAUCUUAGCUGAACCUAGAUGCACCCUCGUUGUUCAGAUACCCGGAUGGAAUUGCUUAUCAAAUGCAAGAGCUACAUUAUUCGGCUAUGUCUAUCCAUUGCCAGAAAAUGAGCAAGAAUGGGCUCAUAAGCAGUAUAUGGCUAAGCAUCACCAAGGGCCUUCCCAACAAUGGGGAAACUUUCACUAUUUUAGAAUGCAGAACAUAAGUGAUAUAUAUUUCAUUGGAGGUUUUGGCACUGUUGCGUGGAUCAAUGUCAAUGAGUACGAGGCACUUCAGCCAGAUAAGAUAGCCGCCGAUGGGGGCGAGCAAAACCUUAAGGAACUAAAUGCCAUCUUCUCAAAGCCACUUAGAGAGUUAUUAUCUACUGAAUCUGAGGUAGACGAUGCUGCUAUCAUUUCUGUAGACAGCAAAGGGAUCGACAUAAGAGUUCGUCAAGGUGCUAAGUUUAACAUACAAAGGCUAGCCUUUGAGGAAAGUCUUGGUGUAGAGACCUUAGAAGACGCCAAAUCUGCACUAAGGAAAGUGAUAGAGAAGGGAAAGGUGCACAAUUUGUAGAUAUAACCUCAGAUUUGCUGAUCUUGUAGUAGUUAAUGUGGACAAUAAAACAUGGAUUAAUUAUCUUCUGGAUCGGUUGUUAUCAAUACUAUUAAAAGAGAAGGAGUCUUAAAAAAUCUACG